GGCGCACGCGCGCGCGCGCGGGUCCCAGGAAGGCGCGGGCCCGCGCGCUCUUCCCACGUCGGCGGUCCCGGCGAGCGCAGCCUCCGCUCCUUCGCGGCCCAGCCAACGGAUGAUGGGGACCCUGUGUGCGCGGCGCGGCCUGGAGUGGCUGCUGGGGCUCUACUUCCUCUCCCACAUCCCCAUCACGCUGCUCUUCGACCUGCAGGCGGUGUUGCCGCGCGAACUCUACCCCGUGGAGCUGAGAAACCUGCUCAAGUGGUACGCCAAGGAAUUCAAAGACCCUCUGCUGCAGGACCCCCCCGCGUGGUUUAAAUCCUUCCUGUUUUGCGAGCUCGUGCUCCAGCUGCCUUUCUUUCCCAUUGCAACAUACGCCUUCUUCAAAGGAGGCUGCAAGUGGAUCCGCACGGCGGCCAUCGUCUACUCAGCCCACACCAUGACAACCCUGAUCCCCAUUCUCUCCACGUUCCUAUUUGAGGAUUUCUCUAAAGCCAGUGGUUUCAAAGGACAAGGACCUCAGACCUUACGUGAACGCUUAACCCUCAUAUCUGUCUAUGCCCCUUACUUUCUCAUCCCUCUUAUGCUUCUGCUUUUCAUGUUGCGGAGCCCCUACUAUAAAUAUGAGGAGAAAAGAAAGAAAAAAUGAGAGAACUACACAAGGCAAACUGCUCAGAACCCAUGUCUUCAGUCGCAUUUGAAACACCAGCAGCCAUGACUUGUCUGUCACCUUCCAAGGGCACUGGCACAGACCCAUCACCUGAGGCAGGCCAAGUUCACCAUGUGCCCAGUUCCACUGCAGAAUUACUAAAAACAGGACCAGACCAGAAAUGAAUGAACUUCCAAGAAACACAUCCUGCUUAGCAUUUUCAUGAGUUAUUUGAUCCACAAUAUACAUGUGACUGACUCAUGAUUCUCUACAGCAAAUCACUAUUCAGCAAAAUGAGUAGUAUGCUGUUCAGGCCAUUGUUAAGUUUGAAAUUAUGCCUCUUCAAUAUUCAUUAAAAACUAUAGUUUUCUUGCCUGCACCCCUGGUGGGGAGGAGAGAAAAUAGUCUGCAGGAGGUUUAAGGUUCAGCCCUGGCUUUCAGUCAGAUAUGGGUUAAACCAGAAGGUGCUUUGUUUCUGUUUUAAACAGCUCGUCCCAGAGGAGAGAUUUUUUUUUAAAUUCUUCUUUCCAAACCUUAGUCCUGUCUUUUUACAGACCACCAGACAGAAAUCACUCUACCCUAGAUCUGGUGUCUCAAACCUGAUCUGGCAGUGUGCUACAUUCUCCUAGUAGUUUAAUCCUCCUUCCUGUGUCGGUCUGAGUCAGAAUGGGGGAACCGCUGGGCCAGACAUGCCCACUGUGCGAGUGGGGUCUCUUCACGUUAGUGCCUGGUGUUUCCCAGUUCAUACUCAAAGCUAACUUUAAAAAGACGACUUAUGAACACACAUGGACAACUGAAGAAACUGCUUCCAGUCAAUUCCCUUUGCCUGUUCUGCUCAUAAGCCAAAUUACUCUCCUGGGAGUAUCUCUGACUCAUGUGUCCAGUCCAAAUAAAGGUAGCUGCUGACCACUGCCUGGUUUGUUUUGUGCCAAGGGGCUGGAGAGUCCAGGGUUCUCUUAUAAGUGACUCAGUGUACACUUCAAGGGCUCCAGGAAAGAGGUAGAUAAGCCAUUUGAAAACAAUAAUUUAUUGCUUUUUCCUCCAAAGCUUUGUGAGUUUACAAAAA